UAAUCCUAGGUGCUGCGGCGAGUUCUGAGGUUAAACAGCGUCUGCACGAGUUUGUUCUGAAGAAGCAGCGCGCAGCCCUGAGGCAGUGUGAUGCCCCCACAGCGGAUCAGCCAGGAGUCUCCUUCAGAGCCCCCCUGAACGGGCAGAGACCAGAGACGAUGGCGCCUCACCCCGAAGUCCGGGCGACGUAUGACCACAUCUGGAACCCCACCCUGGGGGCUGCGCUCGGACACCAUCCCCUCCGCAAGACAGCCUCGGAACCGAACCUCAAGCUGAGGCCAAAGCUGAGAUCCUCAGAGCGGCGGAGGAGGAGCCCCCUGGUGGUGCGGAGGAAGGCUAGCGCCCCCGCUGGUCUACGGGGGGCAACUGCGGACGGCGGCGCGUCUCUCUAUUAUUCCCUCAUCUCUCUGGCACCGUCUGACAGGAACAUUCUCAGUCAAA